CACUGUUUGUCCAAAUGAAAAAGGAAUCCGCAUUGUAGGAUUAUAUGGAAUGUCAGGCCAGGGGAAAACUACCCUUUCCAAGGCUUUCUGUAAUCUUAGUUUGAGGAACUUUUAUGGUAAAGUAUGCCAUUUGGAAUUCGGUGGAGGUAAUACAUUGCAGAGGCAAAAACUGACUCUGCGGUAUCUCACUCAAUUCCCUAUGAGGCAUAUCAAAUCGUUAACAAGUGAAGACAGUGCACAUUAUAUCUUCAAUACAUUUGUAAAAGGCCAGAGGGUAUUGUUGGUUCUGGACAGUAUCACCGACCGGGACAUAGACGAAGUGAACAAUUACCUAGGGACAGACAUGGGAAAAAACAGCUGCAUCCUUUUGAGCACACGAAGGUUACAUGUUCUAGAAAAUGAUUUCAAAAUUGACUCAAAAUCAUGCAUGCAUGUACCAAGGCUUGAACAGGAAGAGGCCAUAGCCAUCUUGUGGGAGAGGAAGCCUUCAGUGGAGUUAGGAUUCCCAACAGAGAGCAGGGAUUUUGCUUUGAAGUGUGCAAAGAAAUGUUUAUUCAAAGAGGAAAGAGGUUUUACUCCAUUUCAUCCAUUAGCAUUGAAAAUUUUUGGGCGACACUUGUUCAGUAAACAGUCUAAGCAUUUGUCAAAAUGGGCUGCUGGGAUAGACGGAGCUGGCGAUGGUUCAAAUGACGUGUUUGUUGUGGUCGACAAAGCUUUCAAUGGGAUUGAGUACAAAUGCCGUGCCAUAUUCAUGCUUCUCACUAGAUAUAUACCGCCCAAUAUGUCUACCCAAGAAGCUUUUAUGUUGCUAGCAUUAAGUUGCAAUGUAGGAAUCGGGCAUAUCAAGAAAGCAGUUGAGGAUCUAUAUGAAAGCGGUUUUAUUGAAGAAAUUGAACCUGAAAUUCGCAUACACGACCUCAUUAAGGAGUUCGCUCAAAUGAAUGAUAAAAACAAGUACUACAAAUUGGUGCCAGGUGCAGUAUGCACGAAACCGGAUGUCUCUCUCCUACAUCCGCCCUCACCACGUUAUCAUGUCAAAAUGUGGAAAACUUCACGUGAUGAGCUUCGGGGCAUGGAUUCUUCUCGUUUUGAAUGGCGGAAUGUUGAUGACAAAGUAUGCCAUCUGGCUUUUUGUGGAGGUUUGGCCAGAGAAAAUCUUGCUCUGGGGCGUCUCACUCAACUCCCUAACCUGCAAUUCGAAUGGGUCACAAGUGAAGAAGAGGCACGCUAUUUCUCCAAUACAAUAGUGGAGGGCCAAAUGGUAUUGUUGGUUCUCGACAAUAUCACAGAAGCUAGCAUAAACGAAAGGAGAUAUUAUCUUCGGGUAAAGUCGGAAAAAGGUAGCUGCAUCCCUUGGAUUGCACGAAGCGGAGAUAAAAAGAGCUGCCAUUUCUACCCUGGGUCAGGGGAGGAGGCCAUAGCCAUCUCUCUGGGAAGGAUGUCUCCACAGGAAGCGCUGUGGGCAGCGCACAGAGGAUUUGCUUCAACGCGUGCAAUCAGACGUUUUUUCAAGAAGGAACGAGUUUCCUCAAACAUUGUGGAAGACAUCUCUCUCCUACUUCCAUACUCACCAAGGUAUCGUGUCCCUCCCAUGCAAGGAGAGGCGCGCAUGUGCCAGGAGGUUAAAGAUUUCUUCAACACUGUUCAUCCAACAGAAAAAGGAAUCCUCAUUGCAGGAUUAUAUGGAAUGCCGGGCCAGGGUAAAACUACACUUGCCAAGGCUUUGUGUAAUAUUAAUUUGAGGAAUUUUGAUGGUAAAGUAUGCCAUCUGGAAUUUUGUGAAGGUAAGACAUUGCAGAGGCAAAAACAUUUCCUGCGGGAUCUCGCUCAAAUCCCUAUGUCGCAUCUCGAAUCAGUUACAAAUGAAGACGAUGCACAGUAUUUCUUCAAUAAAUUCGUGAAGGGCCAAAAGGUAUUGUUGGUUCUCGACAAUAUCACUGAAGAAAGUAUAGACGAAGUGGCAUAUUAUCUUCGGGCAGAAUUGGGAGAAAACAGUUGCAUCCUUUUAAGCGCUCGAAGUGUUGAUUUACUGGUAAAGCAUUUCAAUAUUGAUAAGCAGUCCUGCAUGAGCGUCCCAAGGCUUGAAGAGGAAGAGGCCAUAGCUAUCUUGUUGGAAAGAAAGCCUCCCGUGGCAUUAGGGUUCCCAGCAGAGAGCAGAGAUUUUGCGUUGAAGUGUGCAAAGAAAUGUUCAAUCAAAGACGACACUGGUUUUGCAACAUUUCAUCCGUUAGCUUUGAAAGCUUUUGGCCGACACUUGUUUCGUAAACAGACUAAGCUUUUCUCAAAUUGGGCUGCUGAGAUAGAUGAAUUCGUAGAUGGAGCUGGUGAAUAUUGUUCAAAUGGCGUGUUUCUUGUGCUGGACAAAGCUUUCGAUAGCAUGGAGUACAAAUGCCGCACCAUAUUCAUGCUUCUCACUGGACGUAUACCACCCAAUAUGUCUAGCAAAGAAACUUUUACGUGGCUAGCACUAAGUUGCAAUGCAGGGAUCGCGCAUAUUAAGAAAGCAGUUGUGGAUCUUUGUGAGAACGCUUUUAUUGAAGAAAUUGAACCUGAAAUUCGCAUUCAUGAGCUCUUGAAGGAGUUUGGUCAAAUGAAUAAUAAAAACAAGCACGGCAGACUGGAUGAAGCGACACCUAGAGAGAAAAUUGCGAUCUCUCGUUUACUUCCACCACCAACACAAAGGUACCCUGUCCCUGCCAUGGAAGGAGGAGCACGCAUGUGCCAGGAGGUUGCAGAAUUCUUCAACACUGUUCAUCCUAACGAAAGUGGAGUCCUCAUUGCAGGAUUAUAUGGAAUGCCCGGCCAGGGUAAAACUACACUUGGCAAGACUUUUUGCAAUCUUAAUUUGUGGAAUUUUUACGGAAAAGUAUGCCAUCUGGAAUUUCGUGGAGGUAAUAAAUUGGGCAGGCAAAAACUUGCUCUGCAAUAUCUAACUCAUUGCAGUAAGGCGCAACUCGAAUCGUUCACAAGGGAGGGCGAGGCACGCAAAAUGUUGUAUGAAAGAGUGAGAGGCCAAAGAGUAUUAUUGGUUCUGGACAAUAUCACCGAAGAGAGCAUAGACGAGGUGAAAUAUUAUCUCUGGGCAGACUUGGGAGAAAACAGCUGCGUCCUUUUGAGCGGACGAAGCGCUGGUGUUCUAGCAAAAACUUUCAAUAUUGAUUCUGAGUCACGCAUGGUCAUCCCAGCCCUUGAAGAGGAGGAGGCAAUAGCCAUCUUGUUGGAAAGGACAUCUCUAGCGGGGUCAGCGUUGGGUCCAGAGAACAGAGGUUUUGCUUUGCACUGUGCAAACAGAUGUUCGUUCAAAGAGACCAGUUGUGACGUUGUUGGGGCGACUCACAAAUUUCAUCCGUUAGCCUUGAAAUUUUUUGGCCAACAUCUCUUUAAUAAAUACGGCAUUGAUUUGUCACAAUGGGUUGCUGAGGCAGAUGGUUUGGUAUUCGGAUCUUGUGAUGGUUUGGAUGAUGUCUUCAUUGUGCUGGACAAAGUUUUGGAUUAUAUGGAUCCAAAACAUCGUACCAUAUUCAUGCUUCUCAGUAUAUACUUGGUGUCUAUUAUGUCUCCCCUCGAAGUUACCGAGUGGCUUGCAAUUACUUGCAGAGAAGAGAUCGAGUACAUAGAGAAAGCAGUUGAGGAUCUAUGGCAGAAAGGUUUUCUUGAGGAAAUUGAACCUGAAAUUCACAUACACAAUCUCCAUAUGGAGUUCGCUCGAAGCAAAGCAAGAAAGAUGAAGAGAUGGGUGUGGUGUAAGCGCGACUUGGCUACCUCCGAAGCUGGAGCAGGGUUAUUUUCAGAAGACGAAGCUGGGUUUGAAUUGGUGAAUCUAGAUUAUUACGAGCAUCUAGAUCUGUCCGCAAUUGGCGAUAAGUACGUUAAAAAUCUAUGGGCUCUUCAGGUUGUAGAUAGGACCAAAGAGAUAAGUGCCACUUUACACAAUUAUGAAUAUCUGGAAAUCAGUGGAGGCAUCGAGAAUUUGCCAUACGUGGCGUUACUUCAGGUACCAGACUUAAAAGUCUUGAAUUUAAGCAGCCUCAAUGCCUUACAAUAUCUUUAUAUAGAAAUUGGGUAUGGCGGUGGGAUCACUGGUCUUGGAGAUCUUACCGGUUGUGUUUCUCUGAGAGAAAUUUAUGUUCGCUGUCGAUCCCUCUCGGAGUUCCCAGGGAUAAAUGGUUUGCUAUAUUUGGAGAAGGCGAGCUUUAAACGGUGUGAUGAUGUAAUGGGCCCACUCAACUGUAGUAAUUGCUUAAAGCUUCGAAGUAUUGUCAUCAAGUAUUGCUCGCAGAUGGCUCACAUACCGUUGAUCGUUAAUUGUUCCUGCCUACACAAAAUUGUUCUGAAAAGGUGCGAUGCAAUAACAGAAUAUUCAGAUGAAAAUGAUUCAAGUGCUUUAGAGAUACUACAGUUAUGCAUUUCAUCAGAAGAUGCUUCGGGACCAAGGCAUCCAGAGUGUUGUGAUGGGUUUAAGAACCCGCCUUUGUGGAAUAUCGUGAUAUCGAGGGAUGUUCCGAGUUUGAGACGUCUUUCAAAUUUGACUGUGCUCAAACUAUACAAGUGUGAUAUAAGCGAACCACCGGAUGUUACAUGUUGUAGCAUGCUGGAAGAUGUUUACCUUUUUCAAUUGAAAUUUUUAGAAAGCUUUCCCAGCUUCUCUUCACUGAGGAAGUUGAAGAAAUUAUGUUUAUGUGAUUGCCAGAGGGUUCGAGCUCCUCCUGAGAUUGGCGGUUGCCAGGGAUUACAGGUGUUUCAUCUACUCUACAACGAUAACAUGGAAGAGCUUCCGCAGAUGGAUGCCUGCCCACAAUUAGAGGAAUUAAAACUGAGUUGGCAUUCGGAGGAAGCAGUAGAUCCACGGCAUGAAAUUCUUGAAUCUUGCAAGGAUGAUUCCCACAGCUAUGAAGAUGAGGAUCUCUAUUCUAGUUGGAAUGAAGAUCAUGAAUCUUUCUCUGAUGAAGAUGACGAUCUUGAAUUUUCUCCGGAUUACCAGAAAGACGAGAUCUUCUCGAACAUAAAUCAUGUAUUUUUGCCGGUGGGAUUGAAAGAGUGGCAAUGGAUACAGGAUAAAACAGUGCGAGUGAAGCAGUAUUCUCGUGGAGGGAAGCAGUACUAUUCUGUCACAGCUCCUUAUGUAUCAGAUUAUGGAAGCAGAGCAUGGGAGCAAGCUCCUAACGGUGACAGUCUUGAGCAAGUUAUCAUUCCCACAGAAAGUGCCAUCUCCGGUUAAGGUUUUGAUACCAAUAUUGAAUUCUUUAUACGAAAAAAAAUUGGACAAGAUAAUCUAAAAGUUUCAAUUUAAAUUUUUAAUGUACAAUGGUGCUUUUCUUAU